AUGGAAAAAUUUGAGAGACACCUUUAUAAAAGAAUUAAAAAAAAUCCGAAGCCUCGUUCUGGGGCUGACGCCGACAACGAGCCGAAGUAUACAGGCACGUGGCCAUAUUUUGAGUCCAUGUCAUUCUUAAUAGUAAUUUUGAAACCUCGAAAAAUAGAAGGAAACAUUGUACCAGAAACAGAUAGCAAUUCAAGAGAUCCGUCGGAAUCUACAGACGCUGCUAGUUUGGAAGACGAUUUGGCCCUGGACGUGGCUGACAGUGACUACACCCAACUCCAAGAAUCUAUGUCUACGUUGCAAGAAAUGCCACAGAAUACAACAACAGAUAUUAACACACGUCAAGCGCCUUCGCCUUCACCAUCAUGGCCAGCUAUCACAAGACAAACACGCAAAAGAAAAGAUAAUGAUCUAGAAGCAUUCCUCGACAUCGAGAGAGAGAUGAAAAUUCUUCGCCAGGAUCAAGAAGAUACUACUGAUACUGAUGGCGAUCUUCUUUGGUUCAAAUCUAUAUAUUAA